UCCUAAAUUGAAGCUCAACUUAAAAGUGUUAGAUCAUGCUUACGAACUGUGCCAAGCGCCAUCUAUAUGUUAUAUCCAUGGGAAUAACUGUUCUGGAUCACAAUUGAGCUUUUACGGUUACAAUCAAAACAAGUUUGUUGCGCUUUGAAAUUAUAUAGUUCCUAGAGAUGGCAACAUUAGAUGCUUACAGCUGUUUUACAGACUGUUUUUAUUUUCCUUUUGUAAGCGUCUAACACAGAGUAAUAAUACUCACUAAUUUAAUUUUAUUCUUCAAUUUUCUAUGGUUCUAAAGUUUUAAUGGCUGCGGAAACAACAAGACGUGGGCCUAAAUCUACAGGAUUGAUAAUCAGACCUCAAGGAGUUAGUGAUAAAUCUUAUGUUGAAAGUGUUGUUGGAUUCAUACAUGAAGUUGUUCCCCAGGGUAAACAAGGAGAAAAAGAAGUUAUUUUGUGGGUGAAAUUUGACUACUGUGAUAUUAAUGAUUAUAAUUUGAUCCGUGAAGAAGGAGAACAUAACGCAAAUCAUCCUCCACUUUUACUCAUUCUUGGAUAUACAAAUGGAGUUCAAAUAUGGUGUAUUCCAGCCAGCGGAGAAGCACAGGAAGUUCUUUCUUGGCGUGAAGGACCAGUUAAAUUUUUAAAACUCUUGUCUUCACCAGAAUCUGCUCCAUCUUUAAAGGAUCGUUUUGUUGCUAAUCGUCCUUUGGUUGCCAUAUGUGAUAGCACUAGCGCUGGAGAGCAAUUUUGCUCUCUUAAUUUUAUCUCAUUAAAAUCUGGAGACAGAGUUGAUUGUAUUAAAUUUUCAAGUCAAAUAGCGGAUGUAAAAUGUUCUAAAAGAGUCAUUGCUGUUGUUUUUCAAAACAAAGUAGUAGUUUUUGAUGCAUAUACACUAAAGGAGACUAUUCAAAUCACUAGCUGUUAUACAACUCCAGGAUUUGCUGUUAACCCUGUUGCUUUAGGAACAAGAUGGGUUGCAUUUGCAAACAAAAAGCUGGUGUCAGUUCAUCAGAGUGGAGGUGGAAUGGCUGGAGAUGGUGUGCAAUCCUAUGCUGCAACAAUUAUCCAUGCUGCCAAGACAAUUACCAAAGGUUUAACUAUGUUUGGAGAAACAGUAGCAAGUAGCCUUGGUGGUCCAAAGCUUGGAAGUAAAUCAUCUACUGUGAAAAAUGAUCCAAAAAAUUCAAAAGAUAGUCAACCUGGAAUUGUUACUAUUCUAGAUACUCUUGCUGUUAAUGGUGAAGUUAAUAUUGAUGAAGACAGUGAGGGAGAUGGCAUCAUUGCCCAUUUUCCUGCCCAUGCUAAUGAACCAGUUGCUGCUUUAGAGUUUGACCCAAGCGGCAUGCUUUUAUUCACGUCUUGUCGAUUAGGCCACAGCUUUCACGUUUUCAGAAUAUUUCCACAUCCUGCUAGCUCAGCUAUGGGUGCAGUGCACCACCUCUAUACUCUGCAUCGUGGUGAAACAACAUCUAAAGUCCAAGAUGUUGCCUUUUCCUUAGAUAGUCGCUGGAUCUCAGUAAGCACUAUGAGGGGUACUACUCACAUUUUUCCAAUUACUCCAUACGGCGGACCAAUUACAGUCAGAACACAUACUUCCCCAAGAGUUGUAAAUAGAUUAAGUAGAUUUCACCGAAGUGCCGGUUUAGAGGAAAUUCAACAAUCUCCUUCAACUGGAAGAAACAGUCCUGUGCUUUCUGGCAGUCCUAGCUCUUCUGCGAGUAAUUUGGCUAGAGCUUAUGAUACUCAUCCAAGCAUGGCUUAUCAGACUGGCGUAAUGAGCCGUAUGGGUAACUCAAGAUUGCCCCCUUAUCCUCAUCCUACGACUAUCCAACCUUUGGCACAGUUAAAGCAAGUCAUUACAUUUCCUCUGGCCGGAGGAGCCGCUCCUAAAAGUCCCGGGAAGGAAAAAACUUACAAAAGAAAUUCUCUGUCUUCAGAAAUUAUGUGUGUGUCUUCUGCAUUUGCACCACCACGUGCUUGGCUGGUCGGUAGUCCUAGUUUAACACGUGAUAAGAGAGAUAAACCAGCUAUGGAUUCCCUCUUCAUUAUCAAUUGGAUGGGGAUUUUAACAGAAUAUGUUAUGGAACCAAGACCAUCCUCCACUGCACCAAAAACCGAUGAUUCUCCUAUAGAGUUAGAGGUCACUGCUCAUGCUCAGUGGAAUCUUUUGAGGCUACCCUCUUCUGUUGAAAUCCAACCUCCACUUCCCAACACAAAUCCUCUUAUGUUUACUCCUGAUAUGUUUCAGUCCCAAGAAAACAGAAGAAAAUCCAGUAAGGAUGAUUCUGGUCUUAGUCCUAAGGAUUUGAAGUCUGCAGAGUUGGAAGAAAGCUGGCUUUCUGAAGUAGAAAUUAUAACUCAUGCAGGACCUCAUAGAAGACUGUGGAUGGGACCUCAAUUUUCCUUUCAGACUUUCCAGCAUUCAUCUAAUACUACAGUUCUUUCAUCCAAUUCUUCAGCUUUGCUCUCUCAAAGCCCAGAUAGUCAAACUCCCUUGACCCCUGAUAUUUUCACGGAAGAACUUGAAGUCCAGAGCUUGCGCCCAGCUCGCUCUAAUCCAGUUGCAAUGCCUGGAAGUCACCAGUCUUCCUCUGGUUCACCCGGUUCACUUUUAUUUAUUGAAGCUAGCUCUGGGAGUUUUGAACAACUACCUAGCAUGUUGGAAGUGUGUGGUAGCUGGCCUGAUAACUGUCCAAGCCUCACCCCUAGUAAAGGCAGGGAAGAACAGUUAAAAGAAAGCCUAGCUGAUGCUAUGAUUGAAGACCCUUUUGAUGCUCUGCGAAGUGGAAGAUGUUCAGACUCGAGAAAAAAUUUUCUUUCAGAUUUUCAGGGUAGUUGUGAAGAACUAAGCUCUAGUAGUUCUCAUUCUGGUUCUGUCAGUCACUGUUAUGAUGCCAACGCAUAUCCUCAAAGUUUGGAUCACACUCUGGUCUUUCCUUCUAGUCGUGGAUCCCCGGAUUCAUCAUAACUUCAUAUUCAAACUACUACCUACAGCCAUUUUUGUGAUUUAAAAUUUUGAACAACGAUGAACUCUUUUUUAAUCUUCCACCAAGCAUUUUUUAAAAGGAAUUCUUUGGGUCCACAACUCCAAUUUUGCUCAAGCUGAAAGUUCUUUUAAAUAAUAUUUUAAAUGGUGAUUUUAAGCAGAUUCAUUUUUCUCUUAAACUGAUAAAAAAGCGAAAUGCAAUUUAUACUUACAAUGUAACAUAUACUUCUAUUUAUAUUCUUAUUAUAAGCAUCAUUAGUGUAAAUACUGCUCAUCAUCAUCACUUUUAUUAUAAUUGGUAUAUAAUUCGAAUGGUUAAGAUUUGAAUUUUAUAUUUUUUGUUUUAACUAAUGUCAACGUUUUUAUUAUUGUAUUUUUGUGCUAUUUAACUUCAAAUCUCUUAUCUUGAGUGAUCUUUUUAAAGUGUAUUUUAUUUGUAUGUGUGCAUCAAAUGGCAAACUUUCUAAUAUUAGAUAUUUAAUUAUCAUAAAAUAUAAAUUAAAUUUUUUGAGUGUAAAUGUUAAGUCAUUUGAAUAUUGCUUGUUCUGCAAUUUAAUUUCUUAGUUUCUAUUCUUUGUGUCUGAAUUGUAUGAACAAUUCUUUUGUCAAAUCUUCUAACAUUUUUUCGUUAUUUUGCUCGGUUGUACUAUUUUUCUUUCAAUCCUUAAUCA